AUGACGCAGCGGAAGCUCAUCCCAUUCCUUGCCCUCGGUGUCCUCGUCUUCUGUCUCUUCAUAUACUCGAGUCGCACAUCGCGCGAGUCCUGGCAGAGCUUGCCCCAGCACCUGCACUUCGGCGAUCAUGUUGGCGCAGAGCAUACAGAGCCGGACUUUGUCAAUUGGAAUCCAAAGCCAAACUUCAAGGCUGGCUCGCCCCUGCCACCAGACCACAACUACACCUCAGUUUUGGUGAUUGCCAAGACCAAGCGGGAGGAUAUAUCAUGGAUGGAGAGGGAGCUCGUGGACCAGGAGAAGGCCAUAUAUGUCGCGGACGACCCCACCGCGCCGCUGCACCCGCCCAAGAACAAAGGUCACGAGGUUAUGGUCUAUCUAUCGUGGAUCAUCGAUAACUACGACAACCUGCCUGACGUCGCCAUAUUCAUGCAUGCACACCAGUAUACUUGGCACAAUGACGAUCUUCUUGGGCACAAUGCCGCCGACAUGAUCAAGAGACUGAGCCGGCCCCGUGUGUGGAGGGAAGGCUUCGUGAAUAUGCGCUGCAACUGGUAUCCGGGUUGUCCGGACUGGAUGCAUCCCGGAGAGACAGAGAGGAACGCUUUCAAGCAAGAAGAAGUUCUGCUAGCGAAGUCUUGGAGCGAGCUGUUUCCUCUUGACCCUGUGCCCUCUGUGCUUGCACAGCCGUGUUGCGCUCAGUUUGCCCUCUCCCGUGAGCGCAUCCAGGCUAAGCCGUUUGCACAAUAUCUCUGGUACCGCAACUGGCUUUUUUCGACAAAGCUACAUGAUUCCAUGUCCGGCCGUAUAUGGGAGUACGUCUGGCAGUUCGUUUUCACGGGGAACAACGUGCAUUGUCCUAAAGAACACAUUUGCUUCUGUGAUCAGUAUGGCAGUUGCUUUGGCGGCGAAGGAGAGUUUGAGGAUUUCCUGAAGAGGAAGCACGAACUGGAGGAUCGCGAGCAUGAGCUCAAUGAUUGGAGAGAGCAGGGAAAGAGCAUACAAGAAGCAAAGGACCAGGGCAAGUUCGCAGAGGCUGAGCAAAUGGAGCAGCCCGAGCCAGAAAAGGGGGCCUCAUUGGAGAAGGACAUCCAGCGGCUUCGGUCCAUUAUAGACAAGUUGAAGACAGACGCUUGGGAAAGGGGCAAAGAUCCAAAAAAUCGUGCCAAGGAGGCUGGACGGGAGUGGCACGAAGGAGAUGGGUUCUGA